CUGUGGUCUCUCCAUGGAGGGUCUCUCCCUCUCCGUCCUGCUGCUCCGUCAUCCCGUCGCGCCGGAAAAGGCAGAGCAGCGGAAAAAAAAGGAGGCGUUGCCCUCCAACAGCACCAUCAGCUGCAAAUUUAUGCACAACAGUAAAAGCACUGCUGCUGCUGCUGCUGCUGCUGUUGCUGUUGCUGCUGCGGCCGUCCUGCAAAGCAAAAGAAAGGAGCACCAACAACAAGCUCCAGAGACCGGUGAGCCGCCUGGAGGGCUUCGGCAGCGGGCAGCCGGGUGCAGGAGCAGGCUGAGAAACCCGGACCGGUGACGCAGCCAUGGAGACUGAUGGAGAGCAGGGCCAGCAGGGGGCCUCGACCAAUGGGAGCGCUGCAUCUGGGACGAGCUCCCGCCCCUCUCCGAUGAAUUCUAUGUCUCUGUAUGAAAGACAGGCGGUGCAGGCCCUGCAGGCGUUACAGAGGCAGCCGAAUGCAGCGCAGUACUUCCAGCAGCUGAUGCUGCAACAGCAGAUCAACAACGCCCAGCUGCAGAACCUGGCAGCCGUGCAACAGGUAAAGGCUACUCUGGCUGCCAGUCGUCAGUCAAGUCCUUCCAGCAGCAGCUCUUCUCAGACCACCAGCACCACAGCUGCCAUUGUAACAUCUGGAUCUACAACCAGCAGCCGUCCUAUGGGUUCCCCGGCAACAUCCACAAUCAGCCAAUCGGUGCUGCUGAGUGGGACGGCAGGGGGCCAGGGACAAAUGUACCUGAGGGUCAACCGCUCCCUGAGGGCCCCCAUCUCCUCACAGCUCAUCUUUAUGCCCGGCAACACGGCAACCGCUGCCGUAGCAACCGUCACCCAGCAGCCUCACGCUCAGCAACAGCAGCCGGAAGUGACACCGACUUCCUCGUCCAGCAGCCAAUCGGAUAACGACCAGGUUCAGAAUCUAGCCAUGCGAGGUAUGUCCAGUCCCAAAGGCGUUGGUGUUAAGACUGAAGCCCCAGAGAGGAGUGACUCAGCUGCUUUCUCCCUGGUCCAACCCUCCCACCAGUUAAACUCCCAGUCCCCCACUAAGCCAAGCCAGCCGCUGCACCAGCCGCCCCACAUCAAAAUCCCCACGUACCCUCAGCCCACCAACCUCAAAGCCCACCCUUCGUCCUCCGGUGCCUCCUCCUCGUCGUCCUCGUCCUCCAUCCCUCUCUCCCAGCUUCUGCUUCACGGAACCCGGACCCUCACCACAGGGACCACAGCUCCCACAGCAGCGCACACUCUGGUCCUAGCGUCCAGCGCGGCGUCCCAGGCCCACGGCUAUCCCGUCGGCACGGCGGCCAUCAAACCAGCGGUCAACGCUCAGACCCUGGUGGUGCAGCCCCUGCAGAAGACCUCGCUCAGUGCGGAGAAAUCCGGCCACGGCAACGGACCCAUCCCCAUCCAACCCAAGCUGCAGGGGCUCCGCCUGCCCCUCCAGCUGCCUUCUAGGAACCCCCCUCCCAUCCUGCCUGCCCCACCGCCCGUCAGCAGCUCCGCUCAGCCCCCGCAGCCGCCGCCGCACAUCCCUGUUCAGAUUGUGGGUGCGAGGCAGAGCACGCUGGGAAACACCCAGGCUCUGGCUCUGGCCCGGGGGAACAGCUGCUGCCAGGACGGCGCCGCGGUCCUCAGCAGCUCGUCCAGCCUGCUCACCAUGGUGGCGUCCAUCGCGUCCAGGGAGGGCGGGGUCGUGGGCCGAGGGGUGGGGCUGAAGACGCUUCAGUCGCCCCAGGAGGCUCCCCCGUUGGCUCAGGUCUCUCAGGUGCAUCCGCAGGCCAAUCAAAGCUCUAGACAGGCUCAGAACGGACCGCUGGCCUCGAGCCCCGCCUCCUCCCAGGCCCCCACCGUUCCCUCUCCUCCCUCCUCGAUGUCUCGCUCCUCCCUCUCCCUCCCCCUGGUGACGGAAGAGCAGAGAGGAGCGUCAGCCGUUGUGACCACCAAUGGAGACUCAUCGGGAAGUCGGACACCGCAGGGAAAGCAAUUGUCUGGGUCACUAAAAAGAAAAUCUGACUCCAAUUCAGCCAAUGAUGAAGAUGGCCCCUCCCCUCCACGGCUCCAGCCAGUCAGAGAUCAUGCCUCAGCACUCCAGACCAAUCCCAUCGAAGCAGGCUCUGGUGCUCCACCUCCGGCCUCCUCCUCUCCCUCCCCAGUGCUGUCAGUGUCCCGUGGGGUCUGCCAGGGGGAGAGAGCUCCUCCCCCCCAAGCUGUGGUUAAACCCAACGUCCUUACACACCUCAUUGAGGGCUUCGUCAUCCAGGAAGGGGCAGAGCCUUUCCCUGUGUGUGGUUCAGUAAAGGACUCUGCUGGUGAGGAUUUAACUAACGACAGUCCGGACACUAACCAAUCAGAGACUGUUACAGCAGCGACAGUGCUGAAGUGUGAGUACUGUAAAAACUUUGCUCCUGCCAGCCAGUUCAGAGGCACCAAAAGGUUCUGCUCCAUGUCUUGUGCCAAGAGUAUGUAUUGGUUCUCCAGGUACAACGUCAGCUUCAGGCAGCCCUUCUGCAUGCGGCAGGGGCCAGAUCACGCUCCGGAUCAGGAUCAAGGCCAAGGCCACCUCUCCAACUCCGACGAAGAGGGAGGGAUUGCCAGGCGCAGGGUCCCCCGAAGGACGAGCUCAGAAAUAGCAAGUGCCAAGAUAGCAGGGCGACCCAUACCUGUUAAGUGCCGUUCAGAGUCCAGCCAUUCAGAUGAGGAGUCCAGCGGAGAGGAGGAUGAAGAUGACCCCAUGUCGCUCUCGCCCGCCUCCUCGGCCUCCUGCCACCAGCUGCCUCCUCCGCUCCCGACGGAGAGUUCUGCACCCAGCUGCCUGCCCGCUAGCCCCGCCCAGUGGAGUGCGGAGGACGUGUCGCAGUUCAUUUCCUCACUACAAGGCUGCGAGGAUCUCGCCUCCCAGUUCCUGUCGCAGGAGAUUGACGGACAGGCCCUGCUGCUGCUGAAGGAGGAGCAUCUCAUGUCCACCAUGAACAUCAAGCUAGGUCCCGCCCUCAAGAUCUGCGCCCACAUUAACACCCUGAGAGACUGAUGUCAGUGUUUCUAUAAACCCACCGUGUUCAAAGUCAAGCCCUGGGCAUUUACCCCCCAAACUCCUGUUCCGUACCCAGUUCAGAUGUGAAACUGGUUCCAGAGCAGUCAGAGUCCUGCUGGGGGGUGUAUAAGGUACAGUUCAUUUUCAAGACAAAGCCAAGCUUCUUGAGCUCUACGUACAUAGGGCUGCAGCACUUGAAUGUGUUGUUGAUUUCUCCACUCUGGAGCACAUGUUCAAAGGUCCUACUUGCACAGGAGUGUUGUUAAUUAUUUGCAAAAAUCACCAACUAUGUUUUGGUGAAGAUACAUGUUCCCUAAAAUGUUAAGUCUGCGCAAAACCAGUACUUGCAGUCAGAAAUAGCUUUUACCAAGUGGUUUCAUUUUGCUGUUUAGUUGCACGAUUUCAGUCUUACGUCUGCAUUGUGAAAUGCAGAAAUGAAGGUUUUGAAUGUAUUUUUAACGCUGAAGUCAUUCUUGUUGUGUGAUCAGCAAAUAAACAAAACGUUAGAUCCAUAGUACUUGCACAAUAUUCCCACACGUUAUGUACAAACAGUACACUGGGCUGCCCUUUCCACAGACCUCGACCUAGGCUGUGCUUAUCUUAUUUCAGUAUUUUUAUUUUUAUAUUUGAUAUUUCUGCUGAAGUUCAACAAAACCUUGAACAAACUGCAGUUCAUUCAUUGUAUCCUAUUGCACAGAAAAGUUUUUUUUUUUUUUUGACAGCUUUGCCCACUUGUUUCAAAUACAUUCAUGAUUCUUUUUUUUUCUCUUUUCUGUCUUUGAGAACAAUGUUGGUUCUCAUCUAGGCGAACACACGUGAUUUUGAUUACAACUCUUCUUAUUUAAGCCACAGUCGGCAGAGCAUUAGAACAGAAAUGGAGUAAAAGACACGGAAUUUAAUUCAAAUCCACCCAAAACUAAUGUAUCAGUCAGUCAAAAGCUUAAAAACUUUAGUAUUUUUUAAAGGAAGCACUCGGAUGAUUUAUAACUUCAAUGUUAUUUAUGUAAAAACUGUUACUUUCAAAAUUAUAAUCAUUUUGUAAAAGAAAAAACAGAAAAAAAAAACCAUUUUUAAAUGGUGGCACUUUUAUAUUGGAAGUGGCCUAUUCUACAGCUGACAGGGUACAGUUAAAGUACAGGGUACUGGCCGCAAAAAAAUGGCGGACCAGAGUCCAAAUCCAAACCCACAUCCCUCGAGGUUCAGAGAGCAUUUCAUAUUUCCAAGUGAGGCAUAAAAAAAUACUCAACGUUGCAUAUUGUUUUCUCACAUCCCUACCUUACUUUUUACACACGGUGCACCUCAACAUUUGAUAAAACACUACCGUUUUUACAUGAAGAGUUUUUUCACUCUAUCUCUAGGGGAUCCUGUCUUUUUACGUUCAUUUUUUUAAGCGUUGGACUUUUUGUUGACUGCUCUUUUAAAAGGACUGUAAUCUGCAAAAACCUGUUACUAUUUUGUUCGGUCGGGCAGUUUCGAGAUCACUUCUCUUCAAAUAGUUCAACCAGCUGCUCCUGAUCUAAACGCAAGUAUGUGUGUAAGUGAAGGGUAACAUCGCGGGCUUGAUUUUGCGAAGUGACAUACAGUUGUUUUUGUUUUUUUUUAAUGUUGAAAACAGAUGAAGAAUGAAAGUAAGCAGCACAUGUAAGCUGUUAAAUAAGCUGUUCAUUUUGAAGUAUCUUUAGGCUACAUUCAUCAAGAAAAGCCAGGAGGUUCGUAAAGAAAAUUAGGCUGGUAGCCACAUGUGGACCUACGCUUAGGAUGGAUGAAAACAAUAAUCGAUGAAUGAGUGUGUGAAUGAGGGGGAAAAAAAACUUCAACUAUACUGUAAUAAGUGUACAAUUUGCCUUUUUAUAUUUAAAUGCACAUUUGUUUGCUGGACUGCCUUGUUUAAGCUUUUUACUGUAGGAGUUUUCUCAUAUUAUCUCUCUGUGAACCUUGUGGCCUUUCUCGCUAGUCUCUACGAUAGGUUUAGAUGAGGAUUGUCUGUUUUUUUUAACUGCUUUUCAUAUCAUUCCUUGUUUUAUAUUAAUAGUGCUUACGUUUUUUACUAUUUGUUAUUUCAAGCAAUGACAUCUGUUGCCUUUCCCUAGGAAAAAAAAAAAAAAGCGUGACUGAAUUUGUAGCUACCUUGAUCAAGGAAAUUAGCUGUCUUCCUUAUAGCUUUGUCACAUAGCGUGUAACUACCAACAGUAUUUACCUUUUCUAGCUAGCUAUCUUUGGCUUUGUUGUUAGUGACUGUGGCUAUUACAGCAUUUUCUUUCGAAAAGGAUAAUAGUCUCUUUGAUAGCUGUGUGUGUUUUGUAUUUCAUAGUCGUCCCCCCCGGAUUUUGAAGGGUUUCAAUCUGCAGAUCCCUCGGCAUAUUGUGAAGACCAAAAAAAUAAAUAAAAAAAAAAGCACUUGUACUGCAUUACAAGUGAUGUGAGCCACAAUUUCUUAGUGAAAUCAUUGCAGGUCUGUGGUGAUAUCCAGCAUAACAUUUGUUGACAAGCAGACCAUUGGACCUUUGUUUAUUCAAUCAUCGUUCUCCCAAAAAGUAGCACUUUUCUAAUAAAAUGACAGUGGAUUCUACAAAACAUUUUUUUUCUUUUUUUUUUUAAUAACGAGGCUACUUCAGAAUCAAAAUGUGUUUGUUUGCAAUAAUCAGAAAAAACUGCAAAAUCUUGGAGGGACUGAGUUUGACGAGGAGACGCUAACAAUACUAUCAUGCAAAUAAAUAACCAAGGAACUGUU